AGCAUCCCGGAAGUUCAGCAUCAUCUGUUCCUUUAGGAAGAGACGCGCUGAUAACCGGGAUAUAACAUCAGCCGUACGGGUGGAAAUGUAAUCCAUUUCCCACCUUAUUUUUCAAGUGGAAUAUCACAUGGGGCAAAUGAAGUAAUCAGCAGGAUACAAUGUCAUCAUUCCAGGUGGUGGAUUCAUCACCGGGCAGCAGCGUCAGCAUUAUGGAGACGUCAAACUUUGCCCAUGUCAUCUUCCAGAAUGUGGGGAAAAGUUUCCUUCCCCAGGCCCCCCUGGAGUGUCGGUACACUCUGACGCCUUAUAUUACACCUCACCCAAAAGACUGGGUGGGCAUCUUCAAGGUGGGAUGGAGCACAGCCAGGGAUUACUACACCUUUCUUUGGUCUCCUAUGCCUGAGAACUACGAACCAGGAAGUACUGUUCACAGAACUGUAGUGUUCCAAGGGUACUACGUUCCGAAGUCUGAUGGAGAGUUCUACCAGUUCUGUUAUGUCACACAUGCCGGUGAUAUCAGAGGCGCCAGCACGCCAUUCCAAUUCAGGUCGGCCACUCCCACAGAAGAGCUGCUGACUGUUACUGAGGAUGACAGCAAUUCAGACAUACUGGUCGUCACCACCAAGACUGGCCUACUAGAGCGCGUGGAGGAGGCGCAGCAGGAGCGUCGGGAACUGCUGAAGGCCAUGCGCCUGCUGCAGGAGGAGAAACAGCAGCUGCAGGAGGAACAGAAGCGACUGACCAGGGAGAGGGAGCAGGAGAGGGAGACAUGCUGCCUGUUGCGAACACACAAUCAGGAGCUGCUGCGCUCAUCACAGGGCCUCUCAGAAGAGAGAGAGGAGGUGAGGAGGAGGUUGACAGAGGCCACAGACCGUGUCCGCCAGCUGGAGGAGGACCUGCUAGGAGUCACCCAGAGAGGCCUGCAGAAGGAGACAGAGCUUGAUUGUCUGCGUGAUCGCCUGAAGAAGCUGACAGCAGAGAGAGACAGCCUGGAAAGUCAGUUGAAAAAUGAGAAGGAUGAGAGAGACCUGUACAAGGCUCACCUGCGGAGCACCGAGUUGGAGAACACUAAGCUGAGUGCAGAGCUGCAGAUGCUGAAGGCAGUGGAGUUGAACCGGGAAGUGACCAUCGCCCAAUUCCAGGAAGAACUGGAGAGGCUCAGAGUUUGCGUUGCCCAGCGGGACGCCCUGGAAAAAGAGCUGCUGGCGCACAAGGCUGAUAAGGCAGAGCUGGCCCGUGUGCGUGAGCAGCUUCGCCAGGUAGAAGAGCAGCUUCAGGCGUCCCGGCAGCAGGCUUCCUUACUCGCCUCUGAGCUGCGAGACUCCGCCAGCACCCGUGACCACACGAUGGCCGAGCUAUACCGUGCCCGCCUGGAGGUGGACAAACUCCAUGCCAGCCUAGCUGAUGCUCAAGCGGAGUGCCAGCGCAUGGAGAGCCAGCUGGACCGCAUGAGGAACACUGCACAAAAGGAAGUGGGUGUCGGGACCGGUGAGGAGGUGUCGCCAAGCAUCCUGGUGGUGUCUGAGGCAGAGGCCGAGCUGCAGAGGGAGGUAGACGAGCUGAAGCUGCGUCUCCACAUGGCUGCUGAGCACUACAAGGAGAAGUACAGGGAGUGCCAGCGGCUCCGUAGACAGGUGGCCAAACUCAACACAAAUGAUGCACAGGCGGAACCAAAGAGGAACGUAUCUACGGAGAUAACACAGGAGCCGAUGACCCCUAGUCCCAAGUCACCCACUGCAGAGAACAUAGCUACUGCCAUCCUCCAUGAAGCCGCUGAAAUGACAGUCCCUUCACAUUACGACGAGAAAGAACCAGAACCCACACAAAAGGAUACAGAAAAGGAGGAGAAGGCAAAGGUGGAGGCUGAGAAAGAAGUGAACCAAAGAGAGGACACAGAAAAACAAAUUGCCGUUCAAAAGGGGCCGACGAGCGAGAGCCUGACGGAGGACAGUCUGAGAAUGGCGAGCUGGGUGGAGGUGGAGAACGAGAGGCUGGAGGCCGACGAGGCCGGCAUGGCGGAAAGGUCGGGCAGUGCUGAGGAUGUGAAGGACAGUGUGGAAAAACAGGCAGUGUUGGAGGUUGAGGAGACGCACAUGAGGAAGGCAGAGAAGGAACAGACUCGUUCUGUGGAGGAGGAGCUCGCAGUGAUGGAGGAAAAAUGGAAGGAGCAGUGCGCCAUCAAUGAGACGCUCAAGCAGCGACUGGCGAACGAGGAGGAGCGCUUCAGAGUGCAGAUGGCAGAGCGAGUCAGCGAGGUGACAGAACUGAAGCGGAACCUAGCCCAAGCCCUGAGAGAAAAAGAACAACUGCGGGAGGAGCUGCAGCACUACGUGUCCAGGCAGCGGGAGCACAACGCUGCUGUUCAGGGUGCUGAGGUCAGACAGCCGAUGGUGCUCCGCUACCCGCUGCCCUAUCCCCAAGACCCGUCCCCACCACCGCUGGUUCCACACAGUCCUGCCGAGCUGCAGUACGGCAAUCCUUACUCCACGGACACCACAAAAGACCGGGCGGAUGCCUCGAUCUCUCCUGAGCACAUAUCCCGCCCUCCGCCGGAGGCCCCGCCCUGUGUCCCUCCUUGUGCGCCUCCCAUCACACCUCCGAGUCCAGGCCUGGGGCGAGCAGGCUGGGACAGAGAUGUGGUCUGUAUCCAGCCUGCCCGCAACACCAGUCCCCCCGACAACUUGGAGCACCCAGCAAAUGAACCACACAACGUGGGUGAUGGAACUCAGCCAACAUGUGAUCAUCAGUCAGGCAAACGAAAUGAAGCCCGGAGUAGCUUCUGUUUUGAUUCAAGUAGUGACGUGCACAAGCGCUGCCCGCUGUGCGAGGUGAUCUUCCCGCCCCACUUCGAGCAGCGUAGCUUUGAGCAGCACGUGGAGAGCCACUGGAAGGUUUGCCCCGUCUGCUCCGAGCAGUUCCCCCUCAACUGUCAGCAGCAGCUCUUCGAGAGGCACGUGCUCACACACUUUGAUGGCCACGUGCUCAACUUCGAGCAGAUUGAAUAGGACCAGGACCAAGUUCAACACGGAGCAUUUUCGGGCGAGCGUAGAGCUAGCGAUAAAGGUCAAUACUUGUCAGCUAUUAGUUACUCUCGAGUGAGGUUUAAUUAAAUUGUUGAAAGGUUUUUUUUAUUAUUAUUAUUUAUUUCAUUCUUGAAGGGAGCACUGUUUGGCCUUUUGUGGCUAAUCAAAGAUAUCCUAGUAGCUUUUACCAUAAAACACAAUAGUGCUGGGCUGCUGUGUCUCUAUUACUUUUGUAUCAUUUUGAUGCUCAUCUUUAUGCUUCUAGAGACAAACCCAUUGGUGAUGCAUGCAUUUUUUUUUUGUGCAUUUAAAAUUGGUGCAGAAACGCAAAAUAUGGUGUUGGAAAAUUUUCAUCAGGGCCUGAACGUGAACUGGUUAAAUGCAGGACAAAAAUCAGUGGGAUUGGCUUUUGAACAAGUCCAGAAAAAUGAAGGAUUUGACUGUCCACAAGUCAAAGCACUGAAAGGACAGAUUGAAUAGAAAAACCUGUUAGAAGAUGAUAGAUUGGAGGAUAGUGUUUUAGACUUGAACAGGAAGUGAUCUGUGAUUUCUUCCAAACCAGAGUACUAACAUUUGAUUCCACAAUGUUAAUCAAAGAUGUCAGGUGGUUCAAAAAACAAAAUAGCAUUAUGUUUUCAUGUAUCUGCACUAAAUGAGGCUUUAUCCUGAAUGUACUGUACAUAUGAAAAUAAUCGAGUUUGUGGAGAGACCUGUGAAUUACUGUUGUGACCCUGCCUCUUCUUAUUGGUAACUCCAUUAAGCCACGUUCCCACAUACAGUGUUGACCAACUGUCCACAAAUACGCCAUGUCGAAGGUGUUGUGAACUUUGACCAUGUCCUACAUAAAAGUCAACUCAAGUCUUUUCUACAACACUAUGACUUUAUUACAAUGUAGAAGGCUAUUUAUCAUGAUUGAACCACCAUGAUUUAGAAUGACGUGCUAUCAAGACGAGUAAGAUUACAUAAAACACUUAAUAUGUCUCUAGUUUGUAUAUGACACCAUCAAGACUACUGGGACUGUUGUUACGUUGCAUAAUAAGAUGCAGUAAGAUGGAGUUACAGAAAAAUGUUUUUGAUGACAACUGGUCCAGAACCCUGUCUUGACACAAUAUCCAAGAAUCCCCAAGACUGCCUUCAAGAUGUUGGCAAGACCAAGUAAGGCCCCGUUUGGAUUUGGCUAGUUUCACAUGGAAGGUGGGGUAAAGCAAGUAUUACCAAUUUUUCAGUGAUUUUUGUCAAGUUCAAAUAAAUCAGUUCGGCCAUUUUUAGACUGUGCACUACUGUCGGUUGAUUCCACCGCCUUUUACCUUCUGGUAAACAAUGUGUUGAAAUAACGCUGUUGUAUUAGUCCUGUACAAAUAGAGACAUUGGUAAUAUCCUGUGGAAAAGUUUCCCCAGUUUAUUUAAAGUAUGGAGGUGCUUAAAAAAA